AGCGCGCUCGCGGCCGCGCGUCCUCAGCUUUCCCGGCUCCGUCGCUGACGCGUCGUAGACGUUGGGGAGCGGGAAGGCAGCGGCAGCGGGAUCGGGAUGAACAGCGGCGCAGGCUUCGGUUUGGGCUUAGGCUUCGGCCUUACCCCUACGGCGGUAAUUCAGGUGACGAAUCUAUCGUCGGCGGUGACUAGCGAGCAGAUGCGGACGCUUUUUUCCUUCCUAGGAGAAAUCGAGGAGCUGCGGCUCUACCCCCCGGACAACGCUCCUCUUGCUUUUUCCUCCAAAGUAUGUUAUGUUAAGUUUCGUGACCCAUCAAGUGUUGGUGUGGCCCAGCAUCUAACUAACACGGUUUUUAUUGACAGAGCUCUGAUAGUUGUUCCUUGUGCAGAAGGUAAAAUCCCAGAGGAAUCGAAAGCACUCUCUUUAUUGGCUCCUGCUCCAACUAUGACAAGUCUGAUGCCUGGUGCAGGAUUGCUUCCCAUACCAACUCCUAAUCCCUUGACUACUCUUGGUGUUUCACUUAGCAGUUUGGGAGCUAUACCAGCAGCAGCACUAGACCCCAAUAUUGCAACACUUGGAGAGAUACCACAACCACCACUUAUGGGAAAUGUAGAUCCUUCUAAAAUUGAUGAAAUUAGGAGAACAGUCUAUGUUGGAAAUUUGAAUUCCCAGACAACAACAGCUGAUCAACUACUUGAAUUUUUUAAACAAGUUGGAGAAGUGAAGUUUGUGCGGAUGGCAGGUGAUGAGACUCAGCCAACUCGGUUUGCUUUUGUGGAAUUUGCAGACCAAAAUUCUGUACCAAGGGCCCUUGCUUUUAAUGGAGUUAUGUUUGGAGACAGGCCACUGAAAAUAAAUCACUCCAACAAUGCAAUAGUAAAACCCCCUGAGAUGACACCUCAGGCUGCAGCUAAGGAGUUAGAAGAAGUAAUGAAGCGGGUACGAGAGGCUCAGUCAUUUAUCUCAGCAGCUAUUGAACCAGAGUCUGGAAAGAGCAAUGAAAGAAAAGGCGGUCGAUCUCGUUCCCACACUCGCUCAAAGUCCAGGUCUAGCUCAAAAUCCCAUUCUAGAAGGAAAAGAUCACAGUCAAAACACAGGAGUAGAUCCCAUAACAGAUCCCGUUCAAGACAGAAAGAUAGACGUAGAUCUAAGAGCCCACAUAAAAAACGCUCUAAAUCAAGGGAAAGACGGAAGUCAAGGAGUCGUUCACGUUCUCGGGACAAGAGAAAAGAUACUCGAGAAAAGAUCAAGGAAAAGGAAAGAGUGAAAGAGAAGGAUAGAGAAAAGGAAAGGGAAAAAGAGAGAGAAAGGGAAAAAGAGCGUGAAAAAGAAAAGGAACGGGGGAAAAACAAAGACCGAGAAAAGGACCGGGAAAAGGACAAAGAAAAGGAAAAAGAGAGAGACAGAGAAAAAGAGCAUGAAAAGGAGCGAGACAAAGAGAAAGAAAAGGACCAGGACAAAGAGAAAGAACGAGAAAAGGACAGAUCCAAAGAAAUAGAUGAAAAAAGAAAGAAGGAUAAAAAAUCCCGAACACCACCCAGAAGUUAUAAUGCAUCAAGAAGAUCUCGUAGUUCCAGCAGGGAAAGGCGGAGGAGAAGGAGCAGGAGUUCUUCCAGAUCACCAAGAACGUCAAAAAACAUAAAAAGGAAGUCUUCUAGGUCUCCAUCCCCUAGGAGCAGAAAUAAGAAAGAUAAAAAGAGAGAAAAAGAAAGGGAUCACAUCAGUGAAAGGAGAGAGAGAGAGCGUUCAACUUCUACAAGAAAGAGUUCUAAUGACAGAGAUGGAAAGGAGAAGUUGGAGAAGAAUAGUACUUCAGUUAAAGAGAAGGAGCACAAUAAAGAACCAGAUUCAACUGUCGGCAAAGAAGUAGAUGAUAAGGAUGUACCAAGGACUGAGGAAAACAAAGUACAGCAAAAUGGGAAUUGUCAACCAAAUGAAGAAAACCUCUCUACCAAAACAGAAGCAGUAUAGGACAGACUUACGCACCUCUGCACUCAAAGGUGGAAUAAAAUCCAAAGCUUUUAAUUCUCUCAACAAGAUGUAAACAGGGAAGAAAUCUAGCCGAAUAUGAAGUUAGAAGCUAACAGCUUUUCUAAUUGUUAGGUGAUGUUAUGGACAUCUUGUUACUGAGUAAGAAAAUAAAGCAUGGACAUCAUGAAAAUACCAGAUGUUACCCAAACCCCUCAUCUUCUAAAAACUGUGUUUCCAUGGUGGCUGACACACUUGUCAUGUGAUUGUUAGUGUUUGCCAAGAACCAUUGCAAAUAAAUUGAACAUCAUUGAUCCAAAUUUAUACUUUCCCUAGAGACUGGAGGUAAACAUUGGAGGCUCUUAAAAAAAAAAAAAUGCUAGUUACUGAAUUUUGUAUUGUUUUACUUUUUUUAAAAAAAAUUUCGAUAUAUACAGUUUGAUGAUGUGCUUGAAAUUGGUGCAAAUAUAUACACACCGUUGUAAGUGCAAAGUAUGUAAGAAGUUUUAACAUUUAUUUCACAUGAUUUACAGUGAUUGUGUUAAAUUCUCACUAUUGUGUUUUCUUUUGCUCACUGUUUAGAACAGCAGUUUUUCUUUAAAAUAGUUUUACAAUUAAAAUUGCUUAAAUAAGUGGAUUAAAAAACAACUGACAAUGCAUGCUACUGUUCUCUUUCAAAAGGAAGAGCAACUGUGUUGAAUACUAAUACUAAUGUAUUAGUAUUCAGUGUUUAGAAUCAUUGGGUCUACCCACAAACAAAGUAAGCAUUUCUUUUUGAACUUUCUUGACAUUUCCAAGUUUUAUUAUGAAUAAUAUUGCAGUGUGUCUUGUCAGCUGUAGGUGGUAAGAAUGCCCUCAUAAAAAGGAAACUGGGUUUUCAAAAUGGGCUACGGGAGCACAAGCUGAAGCUUUAGUGCCUUCUACAAUGUGGUAUACUGUUUUCUAGAAUUUUAUAUGUGCUAGUCAUUCUCAAUUCAUAUGGAAUCUAGGUAUUCACACCAUAGAGAAGUAUGCAAGUGAUAUGUCAGAAGAGCUUAACUUAGUUCACUUCAUAUGAAAGGAAAUCCUGUUUUCAAGACCGACUUUAGAGUUUAAAACAACAGUGCAGUUUUGGGACCAUCAGUUUUAUAUAUAACUGUGAUAACUAAAAAUGAAACAUGCUCUAUUUUCCUCAAAUCAAAGGAAACCAUUUAGUUGACUACAUUGGAUGGCCUUAAUUUUUACCUCUCAAUCAUUUUCCCAUAAACAAUGUGCAGAAAUUAUACAUAAAGGGAGGACAGGGAAUAUAUGGGAGGUUAUUUGUUUUGUUUAAGACUAUGUUUACUUGAGUUUAAGAUACAGGUCAUCCAUCAUUCACUUUUUACAGAAAGUAUACAAGUAGUAAAAUGACAACAUAUCUAAUAUUUUCCCCCAAAACUAUAACUUGUGGUUUCUGAACUCUUUUCAUUAUUGUUAUAUUUCCAAAAGUACUUUUAAUUAGCAUUUUAUUAAAAAUCAAGUAUAAUUAUUUUAAUGCAAUCUAAUACAAUCAAAUUACUCAGUUGCCUUACCUCAUGGGACAAGUUACUUUUUAUAGAUUUAAAAAGCUGAGUAGCAUGUUAGUUACUUGGUUUCAACUUGAGUCUUCUUUUUAAAUGUUAAUACUGUUGAAACUUAAGUAUUUGAUGGAGAAUGGAAAGAGUUGUUCUUUUUGCAAGUUAUGAAACCUGGUUUGAUUUUGAAGCUGCUUAAUCAUCUUCAUGUGUUCAGAAUUACUGUGGUUUUUUUUUUUUUUUCUCCUUUUUUGUCACUGUGUACAUUAAAAUUUUGGAAAAUGCUUUACUAUGUAAAGUAUAGGUGGUCAUUGUAAUCAUUCAACCACGUAAGGUUGGCUGGUAAACAGCUUAUUCUGAUACAAGAAUGCUUGGGUGCAUAUGGAAAGAUUGUGAAGGAGUGUGUGUCUUGCAUCAACAGCUGUCUUAUUUAUGAUAUGUAAGUAGAAUAGAGCAAAUGUUGUUUGAAUCUGUUAUUUUUAGUACCAUUUCUCUAAUAAAGCUAAGUAUUUUAGAGGAAA